CAGAGCAGAGGGAGCGCAGGACUAGCUGUCAGCUGGACGGGUUCUGUGUCUGCUGAGCUGGAGACCGGCUCUUAGUGUUGACUGCCCCGUCAGUGAAGCAAAAGCGGAUUGAUCACACUAACCAUCAUGUGGGCUGCACGCCCACAGAAAGGGCAGGCUCGUCCUGCUCUGGGGGCUAACUGCUAAGCAUGCUGGGUAAAGCGCCACCAACUACCAGUGAACUCAACCUGGUGAAGUCUGAGAUGUCAGACGCCACAGUCGCCCCGGACGCACACGACGGCAUCACGAUGGCCGACCUUGUGGAGAGCCUGGAUACCAGAGAGCUGGACAUGGGGGAGGCGGAGGAGAACGACUAUGAUGGAAGCAACUUAGGAGACUGUCGUAUCCCAUUUUCAGCGGUGUAUGCCACAGUGGGCUUUAAGGAGACCAACGCUAAGGUCUACCUUCCCACUGUUCCCAUUACUGCACGGAUACUGGAGGUGGAGAGAUUCACCACCGCACAGGACCGCUUCAACCUGUCGCACCAAAGGAGUGUCAACAAGUCUCUGCCGGCAGUGUUUAAGAUUGAGCUGAAGCACGGUGAGUUUACCUGGAUGGUUAAGAGGAAGGAGAAGCAUUUCAUGGAGCUGCACAGAGAGCUGAGGACGUACAAGACCUUCAUGAGGAUACCACUGCCGUCACGCAGCCACACAGUGAGGAGAAGGACAGUGAGGAAGAGCGAGGUGAGGGAGAUGCCCUCCCUGCCGAGGGGAAUGGUGGACGACCUGGUGCGCGAAGAGCAGGUCUCCAGCAGGAGGAAACAAUUAGAAGACUAUUUGAACAAGCUGCUGAGGAUGGCCAUGUACCGCAAAUAUCACCAUACGAUGGAGUUCAUCGACAUCAGCCAGCUGUCUUUCAUUCAUGACUUGGGACCUAAAGGACUAGAAGGGAUGAUCUAUAAGCGCUCAGGAGGACAUCGUAUCCCCGGCAUGAACUGCUGUGGUCACAGCCAGGCCUGCUACCGCUGGUCUAAACGCUGGCUGGUGGUGAAGGACUCGUGCCUGUUGUACAUGAAGCCAGACUCAGGGGCCAUCUCCUUUGUCCUCCUGUUGGAUAAAGAGUUCAGCAUCAAGAUGGACUCCAAAGACACAGAGACCAAACACGGAGUCCGGAUCGACAGCCUCUCCAGGACCCUGGUGUUUAAGUGCAGCAGCUACAGACACGCUCGCUGGUGGGGUCAGAGCAUCGAGAGCUUCGUGAGGAAUCAUGGGAAGGCUUUCCUCCGAGAUCACCGCUGCGGGUCGUUUGCACAGGAGCAGGAAAACAUCCCUGCCAAAUGGUAUGUGAAUGGAAAGACGUACAUGGAGGACGUGGCUGAUGCUUUGGAGGAGGCUAAGGAGGAAAUCUUCAUCACUGACUGGUGGCUGAGUCCAGAGAUCUUCCUGAAGAGACCUGUAGUGGAGGGAAACAGGUGGAGGCUAGACUGCACCCUGAAGCGCAAAGCACAACAGGGAGUGCGUAUCUUUGUGAUGUUGUACAAGGAGGUGGAGCUGGCCCUGGGCAUCAACUCGGGCUACAGCAAGAGGACCCUCUCACACCUGCACCCCAACAUCAAGGUGAUGCGUCAUCCCGACCACGUCUCCUCAUCCGUCUAUCUGUGGGCGCAUCACGAGAAGAUCGUUGUCAUCGACCAAUCAGUGGCCUUCGUGGGCGGGAUAGACCUGGCAUACGGUCGCUGGGACGACCGAGAGCACCGGCUGACAGAUGUUGGCAGCGUGACGCGCUCUGUUGCCCUUGAGCAGGCUGGCUCCACAAACACUCCGUCCAGUAAAGGCGUGAACUCCGUCGAUGGCGUCUCCAAGAGCAACGGAGGAGGGACGCCGCCCAGCGAUCCGGUGGACUUGCCCAAGCUGAAGGGGAUCGGACGCAGCCGGAAGGCUCGCUUCAGUCUGUACAGACACCUGCACAAACACACUCUGCAGCACGCAGACAGUGUCAGCAGCGUAGACAGCGCAGGGAGUGGUUCAGUGCAAAGCCUCAAGACAGGUGUUGGAGAGUUACAGGGAAACACUCGCUUCUGGCAUGGAAAAGACUACUGCAACUUUGUCUACAAGGACUGGAUCCAGUUGGAGAAACCAUUUGAUGACUUCAUCGACAGGUACACCACUCCCAGAAUGCCUUGGCAUGACAUUGCCUCAGUGGUUCAUGGCAGAGCUGCUCGGGAUGUGGCCAGGCACUUUAUCCAGCGCUGGAACUUCACUAAGAUCAUGAAGCCAAAGUAUCGCUCUCUGUCUUAUCCAUUCCUGCUGCCCAAGUCUCACUGCAGUGCCAACGACCUCAGAUACCAAGUUCCUGACUGUGUCAAUGCCAAAGUGCAGGUGUUGCGGUCGGCAGCAGAUUGGUCUGCGGGUAUAAAGUACCACGAGGAGUCCAUCCACAAUGCCUACAUCCAGGUCAUCGCGAAGAGCAAACACUACAUCUACAUAGAGAACCAGUUCUUCAUCAGUUGUGCCGACAACAAGAUGGUCUACAACAAGAUCGGAGACGCCAUCAUUGAAAGGAUCCUCAGAGCUUACAAGGAGGGUAAGAAGUACCGUGUUUACGUGGUCACCCCGCUGCUUCCUGGCUUUGAGGGGGACAUCACCACCGGAGGAGGAAAUGCCCUUCAGGCUGUCAUGCACUUCAACUACAGAACCAUGAUCAGAGGGGAGUACUCCAUCAUCUCCCAGCUGAAAAAUGAGAUGGACGACCAUUGGAUGAACUACAUCUCCUUCGCCGGCCUGCGGACUCACGCUGAGCUGGAGGGACGUCUGGUCACGGAGCUCAUCUACGUGCACAGCAAGAUGCUCAUCGCUGACGACAACACAGUCAUCAUCGGUUCUGCUAACAUCAACGACAGAAGCAUGCUGGGUAAACGCGACAGCGAGGUGGCGGUGAUUGUCGAGGACUCCGAAAAGGUGGCUUCGGUGAUGGACGGACAGGAGUACGAAGCUGGACCCUACGCCCUCCAGCUCCGCCUCGAAUGCUUCCGGACCAUCCUCGGAGGUCACUCUGACACCAGUAUUGACGUGUCUGACCCCAUCAGUGAACGCUUCUAUAAGGAGGUGUGGAUGACCACAGCUGGCCGCAACGCCACCAUCUAUGAGAAGGUAUUUCGUUGCCUUCCUUCGUCCCUGGUGAGGAACAUGUCCGAGCUGGAGCAGUACCAGACCAAACCGGGUCUGGCACAGACCGACAACACCCGCGCACAGGAGGAGCUGCGCAAAAUCCGAGGCUUCCUGGUCCAGUUUCCUCUGGACUUCCUGUCUGAGCAGAACCUCAUGCCGUCUGUUGGAACGAAGGAGGCCAUGGUUCCAACUGAAAUCUGGACAUAAAGGAUGUGCCACCACUGCCAGCCACUUACACAUGGGAAUGUUUUUCUUGAGAGAAGUAUCUGGAUUGUGCUUGUCAUCAAAUGUGUAAUAUUGGAUUAUAAAGAGAUCGCCUUUUAAUCCAGAGACGAGAGUCUCCUCUGGAUUGAUGUGACUUCUGGGCAUUGACAAAUCUCUCGAAUCCGAUUCUCCUGAAAAAAACCCCCCAAUAAACUGUAGUUCCAGUUAAUUUGGGGUUGGCAUUAACACUUUUGGGAUGUAUGAAGAACAUGAUAUCGCACUUGAGGACAGUAUUUAUGACUGCAUUCAACCUGUGGAGAUGAGAAACAGGCACAUGAACUUUUGGGUUUUGGGAAUCAACUCAACUACGCACACUUUGACUUUUGGACUGUCGGAAAAACCCACAAGACAGCAAGGAUUUCAGAGGGAACCAGGGAACUGUCUAGAAGAGUUAAAAAGCUACUCUCGUUAUUGUAGAUGCCUCUUAAGGAUCUUUACUGUAAAACAAAUCCAAAACAUGCGAUCGGUCUUUGCUGAGACAAUUUCACAGAUUCAACAGUGGUGCAUGAUUUUACUUACUGUGCUAUAAUGCAUGCACCAAUCACAUCUCUGAUAAAACCCUCUGAGAUAUUCUAUUUGCUGUCAAAGGUGUUUUGUAAAAGAUGAUUAUAAGUCUGAACUUUAUUGUGGAAAUCAAAGAGAACUGUGUUGAGCAGAUCCAGGUACAGAAGUCAAUUUAACGUGGUUACAUCCAACUAUUUUCAGAGUGGUGAGUAGAAACUGAUUAAAGCUGAGGGUGUUUGAUCAAAGGCCACAGUGUAAAAUGGUUAUGCCAGUGGUAAAUAUCAGAAGCUGGAUGAGACAAUCGGCGCACAUAUUCAAAGAAGUAAUUUCCUCUUUGCUCAGCAGAUGGUGCUAGUUCCUUAAAGCUACAGUUAGUGUACAGCAGUCCGAUAUGAGUCUAUUUUUCUUAGUUUUGUGGCGACAGCUUUCUUUUAAAUGCAGAAAAAACUGUCUUUGAAACAAUUUAAACAAAGAAAAAUGAAAUCAACGUUUUCCAUAUAGCAUGCAAUCCGUGUCAGAGGCAAAGCUGUCAUGUGAAGAUACAGUUUGAAAUUGCUUGUUACGUUUCCAGUUUACUGGCGGUUCCAGCGAUUUUCUUGAUGAAGCUUUUUACUUUUUACUUUUUUUGUAAUGUAACACAGCCAGUAUCUGUCAGGGGGAAACUAUGUUUUUCUAAGGAUUCUUAUGGUGUGUGACUCACAGUGUGGGGCAAUUCAUGUAAUUUGUAGAUGUGAAUGUAUGGACUCUUUGUUCCCUGAUUUGUUUUGAUUUUAUAAUAUUUGUUACUUGUCAUUUGUCAAUCAGUUUUUUUUUUUCUCCAAGAGAGCCAGGACAGGCAGCAGCAUCACCAGAUACAUGUGAAGUUAAAGAACCACUCCUUUUUGCUGUGCUCAGUCAUUGUCAUAAAAAUGUCACGGCAAAUGAUUAUUGAUUCUCAUGGAGGACAUGAAACGUUUAAAGACUUACCUUGGAGCUGCUGGAAGGAGGGUUCAUGGCAGAGAUCCUUUGUAUUCCAACGAAAGAGACACAAAGCCCUGUAAUUAUGUUUCGAUGACUAUACCUCCCACGCCCAACAUAGAAAUCACUGGGAUUUAUUUGACAGAAGCAGACUGACUGCAUUGAAUGGGAACCAAUAAUAAUAAUAAAAGUGUUGUUAUAUUUUCUUAAUGGGACCAGAAAAUGUCUGAAUGUUAACUGAAGUGAUAAUGUCUGAAAACAUCACAGCCUUUGUUUCUAUAAAAGACAAACACUUUUGUACACUUGCUGUAUUAUCUAUGGAAUAUAAAUCAUUUAACAUUAUUUUAAAAAAAGUCUUUUUUUAUGUACAGCAUGGUUGUAUGGAUGGUUGUGGAUUUGUAACUAAACCUAAAUGUUUAUUAAUCAUAACCAUCAUUCAGCAGUCCUUUCCAUCAACUAUCUGUAACCCUGUUGCCUCAAUUCAGUUGAUUUCGCUUCCACUAUUUAUGUACAAUACCUUUUUUUUUUUGUAAAGUUUGUCAUUUCUCUCUGUUCACUUAACACAGUGUAACUCAUAAUUUAAAUGGCUAACAAAUAAAAUUUACC